CGAAAGACGCAUGCGCACAGAGGACGUAGUCGCUUCCAAGAUUGGGCUCCCCCACUGCCGCCGCCAAAUCUUGCGCAAGCGCGUUAGGUCCUGGUCGCUAUGCGGGUGCUUGUGGGUGGCGGGACGGGCUUCAUUGGGACAGCCCUAACCCAGUUGCUGAAAGCCAGGGGCCACGAAGUGACGUUGGUCUCCCGAAAACCGGGGCCCGAUCGGAUCACGUGGGAUGAACUUGCUAAGUCGGGGCUGCCCCGCUGCGAUGCCGCUGUCAACCUGGCGGGAGAGAACAUCCUCAACCCUCUCCGAAGGUGGAAUGAAACCUUCCAAAAAGAGCAGCCUCUCAACUUAGCCCUGCAAUUAAAGGUAAGUUACCCCAGGGCAGCAACGGGUCAACCCAUGGAGCAGCUCAAAGGGAAAAUAGCUAUGGCUCUGUCUUCCCAUGGGAAGAUCCCAGGGGCUGGGGAGGCUUACUACCAGCCCAGCCUGACUGCAGAGUAUGAUGAAGACAGCCCAGGAGGGGAUUUUGACUUUUUCUCCAACCUGGUAACCAAAUGGGAAGCUGCAGCCAGGCUUCCUGGAGCGUCUACACGCCAGGUGGUGGUGCGCGCGGGGGUUGUGCUGGGCCGUGGGGGUGGUGCCAUCGGACACAUGCUGCUGCCCUUCCGCCUGGGUCUGGGGGGCCCCAUCGGCCCAGGCCACCAGUUCUUCCCCUGGAUUCAUAUCAGGGACCUGGCAGGAAUCCUGACCCAUGCCGCUGAAGCAAGCCACGUGCAGGGGGUCCUGAAUGGAGUGGCUCCAGCCCCCACCACUACAAAUGCUGAGUUUGCCAAGGCCUUCGGCGCCGCCCUGGGCCGCCCAGCCUUCAUGCCUCUCCCCAGCGUGGUAGUGCAAGCGGUCUUUGGACGAGAGCGUGCAGUCAUGCUGCUGGAGGGCCAGAAGGUGGUCCCACGGCGGACACUGGCCACGGGCUACCAGUAUUCCUUCCCAGAGUUAGGGGCUGCGUUGAAGGAAGUCGUAGCCUAAGUAGAGAGGCUCCUGGCAGGGCCUGAGGCCUGCCCCUCUACGGAAGCUUCCUGGUUAGAGACUGUGAAUAGGCUCGGGUACUCCUCUGAGACCUGAAACCAUCUGGUUCUUAGUGAUUCCUCUCCCUGCCCUCCUUCUCUUUGUUCUGUUGCUCCACCUUAUUUAACUGAGAGACUGUCCACAGUGUCAAGGUUGGAGUCUCAUCAAGUUGGGUCCUUAACCUCUUCAACUCCUUGUAAAAGAAUUUCCAAGUUUGGUUUCCCUACAUGUUCCGUUACUGUCCCUGGUAUCCUUUAUGUUGUGUAGAAUGCUCUGCUAUUGAGGCAAUAAAGAUAAAUUAUCUCA